AUGGCCUUUUUAAAGGUCAGAACAACCAUAAACGUGCGAAACACAACAGUAUUGGUUUACACACGAAGUUUACUCUCUUAUUAUGAAACGGACACGACCUAUCUCCAACGCGUUUCCAGUGUUUACUCUUCUGUCUCAACUCUUCAAGCCGCAACCGCGUCUUUCACCUUCUCGUUUCAAGCGCCAGCCAUGUCGUGGUACAGAGACAGGGAUGUGGAUUCUGAGACAGACAACACGUUUCUCUCAUAUAAGCCUUCGAGUUUUGCACAGCCCACACCUACUGCUAAUAAGACAGGGCUGUUUGGAAAGGUGUACCAGAUAAUUUUUGGAACAGAGCCCACAGGCCAGUUGCGGACUUCCAGUGAUGAAAUUCAGGGUACAUCAUAUAACGUUAAGCAAAAAAAGAGUGACGGGCUGGACGAUUCUGUGUAUAGGCCCUAUAGGUCUAACCGCAGCUCUUUGGAGGACAGAUUUCCCUACGAGGAUAAAGUGGAGGAUACUCUGGAGAGGAUACGUUUUCAUUACAAUUCGUCGAAUCCGUUUUAUGCAGCGGACUCGAUGCCGGUUCCAGGUCGAUUUCCAAAAAUUGAAUCUCCCAAACCCAAGGAAGCAACCCUUGUGAAGUGCGACCCAGCCGUACUCCAGGAGCUGAAACUUAAGCUUCAGGACCAGCGUUAUGAGCUUGAGAAUAUCGUCCAUCGUGUGGAACUAGAUCGUAAGGCUGAUAAGGAAAACCGUGACUUCAGACAGAAGUACUUCGAUCUGAGGAAAGUGCACAUGGGUCAUGUUGAGGAGUCGAAGAGGAUCUCUAAGGCAUACGAAGAGCUCGCGGACAAGUACUAUGAUUUGAAGUACAAGUUCAACAAAUCCCAAGAGCAAACGGGAUCAAAAAAGCAUACAGAGGAGAUGGAAGCGCGACUGAGGAGACUUCAGGAGCGCAACGACGAACUGGAACUGGACAUUUUGAGGAGACCAACGGGAGCAGCAACAGAUCUGGCAUUGGAAAAGGAAAACAGGCUUUUACAGAGUCAAACUGACGAGUUGAAGCUGGAGCUAAGGUACCGGGACAGAACUUUGCGUGAUAAGGAGGAAGAGAUUGAACUUUUGAAACAGAAAUUAAAGGAGGCGCAUACGCAAAGACCAAGUCUGAUUAAUAACGGUCUUGGGAAUGGCCAACAACGACCAAUAAAGCGGUUUACAUCUCUCUCGAAGCCUGAGAAGGAGAACAGGGCUAGUGAUAACACCACAGAUCUGUUGAAUCUAUACAAGGAUUCAAGUCUAACGCGGAACUUGAAGUCGUAUAGGGUUUAG